AUAUUUCUUUCAUUCCAAAAUCUCAAAACUUUGGUGUUCGUGUAUGUAAAUAUAUACACACUUCAUCGUCUUAGUUGGCUGUUAAUAAGAACUAGUGCCCACAAAAUGUACUUCCUUUCUAUUUUUGUCCCUCUCUGGGGAAAAAAAAAAAAAAAAAAGAGAUGGGAACGAAGAACUCUAACCACUCUGGUACAGGAUUGAGAAGCCGCCAUUAACCGUCUCAGGUAUCUCAAGAUGAACAAGAACGCUCUUGAGGUUCAAUUUAACCGCAAGCAAAUUGCAUACUGAACGUGAUACAUUGAUAUGAUAAGGCACUACAACACUUGGAUUGCACAAUAUUUAUAAAAGGAAAAGGAGGAAAAUGUGGUGAAUUAUGACUGUAGCAUCAAGAGGAAUCAAAAGAACAGCUUGUUCUAUAGGGUUCUAAGUCAUUAAGUUAGCAGAGAUUGAGGGAUACAAGAAGAGAGAAAUAUGUUGGCACACUAUGCAAAAUCCCUUCAGCACUUAAAAGCCGUAAGGCAAUGCUUUAAACCUCCAUGGGUUUUCCUAACUUUUUCUUCUUACUCAGACUCUCCUCCCAAGAAGUCAAAGCUUGCCCCUCUACAGGAGAGAAGAAUGAUAGACAGGUUCAAAUUAUAUGCUAAAGGAGGUGAUGGUGGCAACGGGUGCUCCAGCUUUCGCCGUAGUAGGCAUGAUCGGCGUGGUGUACCUGAUGGUGUGUUCUCUACAAUAGGUGGGAAUGGUGGAAGAGGUGGCGAUGUGAUUCUGGAAUGUUCCCCAACGGUUUGGGACUUUAGUGGUCUGCAGCAUCACUGUACUGCAAAUCGAGGGGGACACGGAGCCUCAAAGGACAAGAUUGGAACCCGGGGAGCUGAUAAGGUUGUCCAAGUACCUGUUGGCACGGUUAUUCAUCUUGUAAAAGGCGAAAUUCCUUGUCCAGCUGAAAACUCAAACCAUUCUUCAACAGAUUUGGAUCCUUGGGAGAUUCCUGGCAGACUUGUUAGUAAUGUAUCUGGAUCUUGUCAGGAACCUGUCCUUAAGGCCCCAAGCAUGGAAGAGAAUACAUGUGGCUUAGCAUCUCAUAAUGAAAGAAAUAUGGAGGAAAUGACAAGAAUGGAUCAAACCACUCAUGUUGCCUCACCUGUCAUUCAUUCUCAAUUUUCUACUCCCAAAUCUUGCAUGAAAGAAGAGAUAAAGGAAGAACAAGAGAUGCAAUACAAUGUUGCAGAAUUAACAGAACGAGGUCAACGAGCAGUUGUAGCAUUUGGAGGGGAGGGUGGUUUGGGUAAUGUGUCCAUUAACAGAGGUUCAAGGAAGCCUAGAAUCACCAACUCUAGGUUCCAGAGGGAUAAUGCCUUUGCGCUUGAAGCACCUGAUGAUGAUCAGUCUUUACUUAGUGCUGGUUUUCCUGGUUCCGAGGCUAUUCUUGUAUUAGAACUCAAGAGCAUUGCUGAUGUGAGCCUUGUGGGGAUGCCAAAUGCUGGUAAAAGUACUCUACUAGGCGCUAUAUCAAGGGCUAAGCCUUCGGUUGGCCACUAUGCCUUCACAACUCUUAGACCAAAUUUAGGGAAUCUGAACUAUGAUGAUUUAUCAAUCACAGUGGCUGAUGUUCCAGGACUCAUUAAGGGUGCUCAUGAAAACCGUGGACUUGGACAUGCGUUCCUACGCCACAUUGAACGCACGAAGGUUCUAGCUUAUGUGGUAGACUUGGCUGCUGCAUUAGAUGGUAGAAAGGGAAUUCCGCCAUGGCAGCAGUUAAGAGAUUUAGUUUUAGAGCUUGAAUACCAUCAAGAAGGUUUAUCUGAUAGACCAUGCUUAAUAGUGGCUAAUAAAAUUGAUGAAGAGGGAGCUGAUAGAGUUUAUGAAGAACUGAAAACAAGAGUGCAAGAUGUUCCUAUCUUUCCUGUAUGUGCCGUUUUGGAAGAGGGAAUACCAGAGCUAAAAGAUGGUCUUAGGAGGCUUAUGGACGGUCAAAUGUUAUACAGACUCAAAAUAGAUAAAAUUAUGGUUAAUUAGGUUAUCAGUGAGUGUUUAUUACUGAGAGCUUCUCUCCAUUCUUUGGGUCAUACGGAAAAAAAGAAGAGGAAAACUUGCCUCUGUGGCAUUCGGCUUAUGGUUGGAUUAGGAUAUUGGUGACAGGUGUUCUUCAUUAUUGAGAGUGUCUCUUCGUUCUUUACAGCAUUGGCCAUUUGGUCAUUUUGAUGGGUUGUUGAGUUCAAGUGUCUGUUAUUUUCAAAACAAAUCGGAUGCCAAUCGUAGUAGUCCAUUUAAAGAAAUGCCAAUUUUAUUCAA